ACUAACAGGGAAGUGCAUAGAAGUCGAUGCGCCUUUUUUCAGCUGACUUUGCUUAAAACCUUGUAAUUUGUGCUCUGGUGGUUUGUGCAACUUGCUAUUACUUGACCCCAAAGCACGACAUUGGCACCCAAAAGGAGACACCGAGGAUCGUUGAAAAUGCCCCGUAGAAAGAGGACAGCCGGCAGUAGCUCGGAUGGGACGGAGGACUCGGAUUUUUCCGCCGAUCUCGAGCACACAGAAGCUUCCAAAAGCGUACACAGACGCAGCAGCACGCGCCUGACUCGUGCGUCACUGCGCCUCAGCCGAAGCUCUCAGGAUAACUGCAACACAUUGCGGAGCAGUUCUCCAACAGCAGGGAGUCCUGAAGAAAGCUUGGAUUCAGCAGCAGAAACAGCAGCAGCAGUGGCAGCCUCUGUCUUCUCCUCUGGGCGCAGAAUCACACGUAGCCAGCAGGGGGCAUUAAACACCACAUCCAAAAAAUACCCACUGCGCCAGAGCAGGUCAUCUGGAUCGGAUACUGAAGCAAAUGAUCAGAAGCAGGCAGCAGACCGUGAUGAGACCCCUCCUCGCACCCCAACUGGUAACGCCCCAUCUUCAGAGUCAGACAUAGAGGUCUCAAGUCCCAGCAAUGACCACGUGUCUUCCAGCAACGAUAUAGUAGUUUCACAAGAGGAGGAUGAGAGAUUAGCCAAAGAACUGUCGCUCAAAGAGGCUGCUGCUCACGAUCUUUCCCAUCGGCCCAAAAGACGGCGUUUCCACGAAAGCUACAACUUCAAUAUGAAGUGUCCCACGCCUGGGUGCAACUCAUUGGGUCAUCUAACAGGAAGGCAUGAGAGACAUUUCUCCAUAUCAGGUUGUCCUCUAUACCACAACCUCUCGGCUGAUGAAUGCAAGGGCAAAGCAUCUACACGCGACAAACAGACCGAGGAAAGGACGCUGUCACAUCGCCAGGAUGAGAACAGACACUCCACAAGAAACCAGGCCCCUACGGAGCGGCAACUGCGCUACAAAGAGAAGGUGACAGAGCUGAGGAAGAAGAGGAACUCUGGCCUUAGUAAGGAGCAGAAAGACAAGUACAUGGAGCACCGUCAGAGCCAUGGAGCUAGUAGGGAGCCGCUGCUAGAGAACAUCACCAGUGACUACGACCUCGAGCUGUUCAGGAAAGCGCAGGCACGUGCCUCGGAGGACCUUGUAAGAGAGAAAACUCAUCAUCACCUCCCUCCCCUUACUGUGUCUCCUCCCCUUUGUUUUCAGUGUCCCCCUUUUCUGCAUUAUUCCUCUUCUUCUCUGUUUCAGUCAGCAAACUCUCCUCAGCAGCCACAGGAGGAGUCAGUGAUAUUUUUGGAGAAGCUUCGUCUAGCUGGCCAGGUGUCAGAGGGAAGCAACAUGAUAAAGACCAUCGUGUUUGGUCGCUACGAACUUGACACGUGGUAUCAUUCUCCAUACCCAGAGGAAUACGCCCGCCUCGGACGGCUGUACAUGUGCGAGUUCUGCCUCAAGUAUAUGAAAAGCCAAACCAUCCUGCGCAGGCACAUGGCCAAGUGUGUGUGGAAACACCCUCCAGGUGACGAGAUCUACAGGAAGGCAAACAUCUCUGUCUUUGAGGUGGAUGGAAAAAAGAACAAGAUCUACUGCCAGAACUUGUGUCUGCUUGCAAAACUCUUUCUGGACCACAAGACUCUGUACUACGAUGUCGAGCCUUUCCUCUUCUAUGUCAUGACUGAAGCUGACAACACGGGGUGCCACCUGGUGGGAUACUUUUCCAAGGAGAAGAACUCUUUCCUGAAUUACAACGUGUCCUGCAUCCUGACCAUGCCACAGUACAUGAGGCAGGGCUACGGCAAGAUGCUCAUAGACUUCAGUUACCUGUUGUCUAAGGUGGAGGAGAAAGUGGGUUCACCUGAGCGUCCCCUGUCUGACCUGGGCCUUAUCAGCUACAGAAGUUACUGGAAGGAGGUGCUGCUCCGUUACCUGAACAACUUCCAGGGCAAAGAGAUCUCCAUCAAAGAAAUCAGUCAGGAGACGGCAGUGAACCCGGUGGAUAUCGUCAGCACACUUCAAUCCCUUCAGAUGCUCAAAUACUGGAAGGGAAAGCACCUGGUGUUGAAGAGACAGGACCUUAUUGAUGAGUGGAAGGCGAAGGAGACCAAACGUGGCAACGGAAAGACUAUUGACCCCACAGCCUUAAAAUGGACACCGCCCAAAGGGUCAUAAAGGAAACCAUUCACAAUUCCAAAAAACGAAAAUACACAAACACACAGUUCCUGCUCCACAUACUGGUAUGCUCACUGAAACUGAGCCUAAACCCUCACACAUACUCUUUUACAAAAACACACUCAACAGCUAUGGCAGUCAGUCACUUACAGACAUGGUACUCUGGAUUCAGCAGUCACGCAAACAGUUUGUUUGAUAAACUUAAAUCCAACAAAUCACUGGAUGGUAGGACCCUUCUAAAAUACAGAAAAGUUUCUCUGAUCAUGAUUAAAAAUGAUGAGAAACUUUAGCCAAUUUGUAAGAAUCUGAACACAUAGAGAUGGCUUCAUGAAAUGUACAAACUUUGAAUUCCAUUUUCGUAAAAUAAAAACAACUGAAUAGCUCAUUACUGAUAAAAAAAAUCAGCUUUGUGUUAAGAAGUGGACGUAAAUUUGAAACCCAUAGAUGCGAGAUAUUUAAUUAGUUAAAAAAAACAACAAUAAAAUGAAAGUUCUCCACUAAAGCUUUAAUUUUAAAACCUAUUUCUUUUCCUUUUCUUUUCUUUUUUUUUUUUUUUUUUACAACAGUUGAUUUUUUUCAUGUUUCAUUAAAGGUAUGCUGAAUUCAGACUGCCUUUGUGAAUUUCCCCAUUUCACUUCUAUUUCAUGAUGUAACCUGUCCUGACAGCAGUGUAGUCACCUAUUGCUUAUGUUUGAUCAGUCUAUAUUCCAACUCCUCAAGCUCACAACUGCCCCAAUCAUUGCUGUUUAACAGCAACUUCUGUCCUUGAGACAAUGGAUUGGUAUUAAGCAAUUAAGUGAUGCAUUUUGUCGGUCACAGGCCAUCUUGCUAACAAAAUUUGGAGGGCAUCUCCUGCCAAGGAAAGUCAUCUAAUAUUACUAAUUUAAUAAACUUAAAUAAACAGAUUCUAUUCAUUCUAUUCAUUUCUACGUUUAAAACAUAGAGCAGUGCAAGCAAACACUUUUAGACACAGAUAGUGGCUGUUUGAACCCAGAGUAACAUUUUUCAUGCAGCAAACAAUCACAUUAAAUGUGUCCUGUAAUAAAACCAUCACACCUGUCAGGUUUGUAGACAGGAAGCUAUAGCUGCCAUUGGCUAUGUUAGUGCAGUUUUAUGUCAUCGAGGAAACAAUCCAAUGGGAUGUUUUUGUUAACCGGUCAGUCCUUUCACCUCUUUUUAACCUCAAAUUUCAUGGAGGCUACACAAUUUAUAAUCCACACUUACACUCUGAACAGAAAAGGUUUGUGGGAGUCUAAGCUUUAAGGAUAGUAUAAGCUUAAAUGUUGCUGGUUUUUCAUUGUCUUUUUAGUAUUUUGUGAAAGUUCUCAAUGUUUUCAAGUUUUUCUACCUCUAAGGUUUACCACUGUUUUAAAGUUAAAUAUUCUCAUUUAAGCUUCAUUAUUUUCCCCUUUGUAUUGUCUGUGUUAACAUGUGAAUGUUUGUGGCUGUUUGAGUGUUUUCUACUAGAUUUUUAUACAGUUUAUUUAAAAACUAAAAUCUUACCUGCGUAGAAAAGAAAAGACAAAGUCAGAUAGAGGAAUGUUUAUUCUAUAGGACUGCGUCUAUUAUUCAUAUGAAUAUCUAUCUAAAAAUUUUAUGUAGAUUUGAAUGUCUAGAAGCUCUUGGAAGGAACAGGUGGGAGAAUCAAAGCCACCCCAACAUAAAUACAACAACACCGCAAAAGUCAUUUACAUUUCAGAGGCUUGUCUCUCUUAAUCAGAAGUGACAUGAACCAAUGAAAGCGUGUCACUUAAGCACAUUGUCACUCCAUGUUACCACAACAGCAGCUACAGAAAGUAAUGCACAACUUUCUGUGGGAGCGUGUUUGGCAUCAUUUUUGUACUAUUUAUAUUCUUUACAGCCCACUGUAUUUGAUUGUGAACUGAUUUUGUUUUAUUGACAAUCUACAUAUUUAUUGAUUAGAUCAACAUAUGAUUUUGUAAACAGCUAUGAGAUUUUUAAUAGAGACAUUUGUUUUGUAAAAUAUACAAAGUCACCUUUUGUGAGAGUGAGAAGAUACCACUGUCAGGUCUGUCUGAUGAAAAGUAAGCUACAGCUAGCAUUUGAUUAGCUUAACAUAGCAUAAAGACUUCAAAAACAGCUAGCCUGGGUCCAGGACACCACCAUACGUACAGCUAGUUUUUUUACUUACUACUAAGUUAGUAUAUAUGUUAAGUGGUGUUUUUAAAGCAGCAGUGGGUUUUUGCUGGUUUCUAAAAUAAGCUGACAUUAAUACUGGUGCCGCCUUAUGACCCUCAAGCAAACAAGAAUAUCAGACAUACAAAGAAUAAAGACAUACAAUUUCUCUUUAGUGAUUUCCAGUGUCUGAGACCUUUAGAAACAGAUUAUACAUUCAAAUAUUCAACAUGAGUUUUACUGUUAAAAGAAGGCAGGAUUGAAUGUAUGUUAAAAAAUACUCUCAGAAGUACCAACCUAUAUUGAUAAAAAAAAAAAUAUCAGUUCUUCUACUCUGCCUACUGGGGGUCACCAAAACUAUCCAUCAAAAAUAGCAGAAGAUGUCCUUAUAGGAGCUUUAAUAUUCUCUUGUAGGUGUGUCUUGUUACCUUAUGACAAUGCCAGCUUGGCUGUUUUACACUGUUUCCAGUUUUAUGCUGUGAUAAGAUAUAAUUUGUUAAAAAGAAAAAAAAAAGUUUAUUCCUAAAACUGUCAAACUUUUUAAACAAUGUGCAUGAAAUAAGACAGCAGCUGGCUGUGAAACUGGAGGUGUGCUGACAACAAUGUCACAUUGAAUCAGCUGUUUCCUUUUUUCACAAUGCUUGUAUUGUUUUCUAGAUUUUGUAUCUCAGUUUCAUCUGUCGAGGAAUGUUUUCCUUUGCUGCCUUCAGUUCUAUUUGUUGCAGAAAUGUUGCCUUUGUAUUCUGUGAUAUUGAGGAUGUUCUUUGUGUCUUGUCUCAUUUUUAAAAAUGUUUUCUUCCUAACAUCAGUUGAUUUUUUUUUUAUCUGUGUCUUAUAUUUUUACUAAUCCUGUGGUUUGUGUUUCUGUCUUUGGGGUUACCAUGACUGACUCUAGGAGUUGCUUCACUAAUGGCCAGUUUCCAAAUCAAUACAAACAGGCCGUGCAUUUUACAAGACUGCAUCUACCCUUUUAGCAACUUUUCACAAUAAAGCUGUGAAAUUUGUUUCUGACAGAAACCUCAUCACGACUCUUGUGAGCAUUCUCAAGUGCAUUAACAGGAAGGUGUGCUUUCUUUACAAAAAAAGUGUUCAGUAGAAAAAUCCAUUCUUAGAAAAAAAGUAGAUUAUUUUCCAUUCAUGGCUGGACCAAUUUAGUUUAGAUACCACAUACAUAGUCGUGAUACAGUGGGAAAGAACUGCUUGGUAUUUUAAAAUAAAAAAAUACCAUUAUGGAUGAAACUAAAGGACCUUAAUACUUUUUAUUUACUCCCUUUUCCUGUGAUACAGAUACAUUUGAAUGCUUUCUCAAUCUCAGCUAAUUCUUAUAAUUUUGAAAGCUGUUUUUUUAAGUUAGUUUCUCAAGAUCUUGAGAAUACUGCUGAAAUCAAGCCAUUUUCAUCUGAAAAAUACAGUCAUUUCACCAAACAAGAUAAGUUAGAUGAAUAAAGACUUGGGAAAACUAAAAUCUGCUUAUUAAAACAAAGGAAAAUCAAAUUUAUUUAUGUGUGUUAUCUAAGGGCUUCUGUCACUUACAUACAGGGUAAUAGAGAAAAUAUAUUCUAUUCUCAGAACAGCAGAAACGGGACCUGUUUUUAACUUUUCCUUAACAGGAAAACAAUUUUUAAACUUACUAGUUAUCCUUGAAUGUGUAAAAUACCCCAAUCCAUUAUUUUAUAGAGUCUCAAGGUGUUUGUCUUUCCUUAAAUAUGAAUCUUUACAUUUGGAAAGUCUUUGGCUCUUGAAGCCUAUUAUUAUUUCCCUUAUUUGUUUUUCCUCCUGUGUCAAUGUUUUUUCUUCCAUGCCAGUGGCAGCUAUAGAUUGGCAGCUUCAGAGCAACUUGUUUGGUUUUAAUCCAAGCAGUGUCAGUUCAUUAGAGAAGCCAGACACGUACCAUCACUUUCCAUAGACCACCAGUGAGCUUCACCACUUCAGCGCAUCAUGCUUUCCUCUUUAAACUACGCAAUCUAAACAGCAAAACACAAAAGUAGCGUGACAUCAAUAUGUAGCUCAGUUGUGCUUUUGUACUCGCUUCUCCCCUUUCCUUCCUAUUCAAUAAAUGCAAAUGAUGAA